UUUUGUUUUCUUUCGUAAUUUUCAUUUUCUCGUCAAAAUAAAGCUUUUUUGAGGGUUACGGAAAGUAUUGAUUGGGUGUUUUAGAAAACAAUUUUGGAUUUUCUGUUGGAAAAAUAAUAAUGACUGCUAACAUGAAUAGGGGUUACCCUGUUCCUCCUCCAGUACAAGGUAAUGCUGUUCCUCCAGCAGGUCCAACACCUGUUCCUGUACCCACACCCUCUGGUCCUCCUCCAGUUCCCAAUCAAGUACCACCUCAAGCAGUACCAACUGGCCCUAGUGGCCCACCAAUGCAACCAAAUACCAUGGGUCCAAUACCUCAACCUGGCCCUGGAAUGCGACCACCUGAUAGACCAAUGACGCUACAGCAUGCUGGGCCUCCUCCGAGUAGACAGUAUGGAAGUCCUGCACCAGUUUAUCAGAACCAAUUUCAACCUCAACCCCAGAGACCAGGUUAUCCAUCAGGACCAAUGCAAGGUGCACCUGCACCCCCACCACAAACGAUACAUGGCAGAGUUGGACAAGGUAUGGGUCCCCCAGCGAAUACCUAUGCCGCUGGAGGUCGAGCACCACAAGGACCAAUGGGCUCGAUGCCGAUGGAAUCUCGUAAACGGCCUGCUCCAGAUCGUGCAGAUGGGCGAGCUCAAGGGCCACCUUCUUCUAAAAGUGGACCUCCGUCUUCAGGGAAUGCUACGAGUGCUUCAGGGCCAAAUAGUGCCACAACACCUAGCAGUAGUAGCAAGAAGAAAAAGAAACUUGCCGAGAAGAUUUUGCCUCAGAAAGUUCGAGAUCUUGUACCAGAAUCUCAAGCAUACAUGGAUUUGCUAACCUUUGAAAGGAAAUUAGAUUCUACUAUAAUGAGAAAACGCUUGGAUAUUCAAGAAGCAUUGAAAAGACCAAUGAAGCAAAAAAGAAAAUUAAGAAUUUUUAUUUCCAACACCUUUUAUCCUGGAAAACCAGAGGGUGAAUCUGGAGAAGAGCCUACUGUACCUUCAUGGGAGCUUAGAGUAGAAGGCAGACUACUAGAUGAUCCUAAUGCACCUAAAGCAGAUCAAAGCAAAGUGAAGAGAAAGUUUUCCUCAUUUUUCAAAAGUCUUGUUAUUGAAUUGGAUAAAGAUUUAUAUGGACCUGACAACCAUCUUGUAGAAUGGCAUAGAACUCCUACCACUACAGAAACAGAUGGUUUUCAAGUGAAAAGACCUGGUGAUAAAAAUGUUAGAUGUACAAUAUUAUUGCUUUUGGAUUACCAGCCGUUGCAGUUUAAACUGGACCCAAGACUAGCUCGUCUUCUUGGAAUCCACACCCAGACUCGGCCCAUUAUUAUUAGUGCUCUUUGGCAGUAUAUCAAAACUCAUAAACUUCAAGAUGCUCAUGAAAGAGAAUAUAUCAACUGUGAUAAGUAUCUUGAACAGAUAUUUCAGUGUGGCAGGAUGAAAUUUGCAGAAAUACCACAAAGGCUUCAUCAGUUAUUGCAUCCAGCUGAUCCCAUUGUAAUAAAUCAUGUUAUAAGUGUUGAAGGUCCUGAUACUAAGAAAACAGCUUGCUAUGAUAUAGAUGUUGAAGUUGAUGAUCCUCUGAAAUCUCAAAUGAACAGCUUUCUUUUGUCAACUGCUAGUCAGCAAGAAAUUCAGACUCUAGAUAAUAAGAUUCAUGAGACUGUUGAAACAAUUAACCAGUUGAAAACCAACAGAGAAUUCUUUUUGAGCUUUGCAAAAGAACCUCAACAGUUUAUUUACAAAUGGCUUAUAUCUCAAACCCGAGAUCUAAAGCUUAUGACCGAUGUGGUUGGUAACCCUGAAGAAGAAAGAAGAUCAGAUUUUUACUAUCAACCAUGGGCUCAAGAAGCUGUGUGUCGUUAUUUUUAUGGCAAAGUUAAUCAAAGAAGAGCAGAAUUAGAGCAGGCUUUAGGAAUUAGAAACACCUGAACUCUAUGUCUUAGAACUUGAAGCAAUUUUUUACUUCUUUAUAUCACCUUUUAUGCUGCAUAGCUAUACUUUCAUAAUUGUGUCAUCCUUUUUUAAGAAUUAUGUAGUAUAUUUCAUGUCAUGAAAUGAUUUGUGUAAGGACAUAUAUAAGCUCCAUAUUUUACUGAAUUCUCAUCUACUUUAUCAGAAUUUGUACUCUUGUGAAAUAAAU